GGUGGGCUUGACUUUUACAGGCCCUCAAGUCUCAACACAAACAAGGUCCAAUGCUCAGUUUUUCCCUAUUGUUCUCCACUUUCUGCCUCAAACACUGUUUCUUUUUCUCUGUGCUUUGCUAUUUCAAACAUCAAACUCCCAGUUCUUGUUCUCUCUCUUUCUCUCUCUCCUCCCUCUCCUCCCUCUUGUUUCUUUCUUCUGGAACAGAAUAGCGAUGGUACUAAAAGAAGACAUAUGUUUCUUCAACAAGGACAUUCUGGUUAUGAAGCCUCAGAAGAAAUCGCCACUGUUGUUAAGGAUGUCGGUGUUGAUCUUUUCAAUGGUGUGUGGUGUUUUUAUUUGUUCUGUGUGUCUAAAGCAGAUAAGCACACACGCAAGGACUAUGCUCAUGGAGUUGCAAAUUGAGAAGCCUUCUCGGAGUAGUAUUAGUAGUAUUAAUAGAUUGAACCUAACACAUGAUGUUCCUUUGUUGCAUUACCCCGAGCCUGUGUCUUUCAACAGGAGUGAGUGUGCUGGUAAUCCUGUGCGGUUCUUUGCCAUAUUGUCGAAUCAGAGAUCUGGCAGUGGGUGGUUUGAGACCCUUUUGAAUAGCCAUAUUAAUGUGAGCUCCAACGGGGAGAUUUUUUCAGUUAGAGAAAGAAGAGUAAAUGUUUCUACCAUUGUGCAGACUCUGGACAAAGUUUACAACCUGGACUGGCUCAGUAGUGCUUCCAAGAAUGAAUGCUCAGCUGCAAUUGGAUCCAAGUGGAUGCUUAAUCAGGGUUUAAUGGAUCACCCUAAGGAAAUUGCAGAUUACUUCAACAGUAGAAGUGUUUCUGUAAUAUUUCUUUUCCGAAGAAACUUAUUACGGAGAAUGGUAUCAAUGCUUGCCAACUCCUAUGAUCGUUAUGCUAAACUAUUUAGUGGAACUCAUAAAUCUCAUGUUCAUUCUAAAGAAGAGGAUAUGGAAAUGAGAACUGCAAAAGCGUUGGAAUACUUCAACACCACUCGGCAUAUGAUCCUGUACUAUGAGGAUCUUAUACAAAAUCGUACUAAGCUAAAAGAUGUUCAAGAGUUUUUAGGAUUGCCACAGAUGGAAUUAACAAGCCGUCAGGUUAAGAUACACAGAGGACCAUUGUCAGAUCACAUUAAAAAUUGGGAUGAUGUGAACAGGACACUAGCAGGAACUAUUUAUGAGAGUUUCCUCCAUGCCGAUUAUUCAUCUUAGCCUCUAACUCCUGGAUAGGUGUAAAUAUCGACACUGAUUUGGUCCCAGGAAACAGUUUUGGUUCUGGUUGCGGUAAGAACACUGUCUCUGCUUUCCAAUAUUUAUUUCCGCUCCAUUGAUGAGAUGUAUGUUCCAUUGUAAUCUUUUAUUUUUGUGUAUUCUUGUAUGACUUUGUAUAUUCCCAGCUAAUUUAUUAGUAAAAGUGAGCAUUGGUUUUAUUCAAAUUCAACCGACUUUUCUAUGUUCUAUUCUUUUUUCCUUUUGUUACUUUAUAUAUUGAACUGUAUGUAUGAUUUGGAAGUCUAAGUGAUUGCUUCUAAGAGAUCUAGCAACAGAAUAGGUCUGCUUGUUUUCACUUUGUUUUCAAUAGUAUCUUUCUGUUUCCCACAUUAUUGGAUGGCAAUGUAAACGUCCAAGUACUUGUUUGGUUGAAAUUAUUGCCGAAUAAAUAAUUGUUUGUUUUUUAAAAGCUUUUUAUAAAGGUUGGUAAAACAAGUGAUUUCUCUAAAAGAAGCUGAAUUGAGAAUGCACUAGCAAUGGUAGACAUGUAAAUUAGGAUCUGUUCUGCACAUAAGAAUUGAGUUAAUUCGUAAAGUUUGUUUGGUUUUUGUUAAGUGAUGUGUAAUUACCAUUACAUAUAGCUUUCUCGGCCUUUUGGCUGAGAUCAAGUGUAAUUAUCAUACACAGUAUGCUUGAUUUAGCGUUAAAAAUGCAUGUAUAUGGAUAUUUUCGUGUCAAAUUGG